AUGUUCUCUACAUCUUCUUCUUCAGCAAUAACAGAAUCAAUAAUAGAAACAACUGAUAAUAGUAACGAAGUAAAAGUAACUAUUAUUAUUGUCAUUGUUUCAUUACGAUUAUAUUUUAAAUUGGAAAUUGAAGAUUUUGUAUAA